AUGGUCAUGUCAGAGUCAGAAUCAGAUCUCUUAAAGCCAGAGGGACACAGUGCCAAACCAGGUUCAGGUUCCAAAAUUAAAUUCUUAACUUUAAACACUUGGGGUUUAAAAUUUGUAUCAAAAUUUAGAAAAGAUCGUCUUCGAGCUAUUGGCGAUAAAAUUCGUCUGGAACAUUUCAAAUAUGAUGUUAUUGCUCUACAAGAAGUUUGGUGUAAAGAAGAUUGGGAUUAUAUUGAAGAAACUGUUAGUGAUUUUUUCCCAUAUAGAAGAAUUUUUUAUUCUGGUAUAAUUACAGGUCCUGGAUUAGCUAUACUUUCUAAAAUUCCAAUUGAUUCAACUUUCCUUUAUAGAUUCCCUAUAAAUGGUAGACCAAGUGCAUUUUGGAGAGGUGAUUGGUUUGUGGGGAAAUCAGUUGCUGUUACUUUAUUAAGACCUUUAGAUGAUGAUUCAUUUCCUUUGGCAAUUUUAAAUUCUCAUAUGCAUGCACCUUAUUCACUUGAAGGUGAUGCUGCUUAUACAUGUCAUAGAUCUUGUCAAGCUUGGGAUUUUGCUAAAUUAUCUAAAUUACUUUCUAAAGCGGGUUAUGCUGUGGUAAUUGUGGGUGAUUUAAAUUCAAGACCUGGUUCUUUACCUCAUAAAUUUCUUACAUUAGAAACUACUUUAAUUGAUAGUUGGGAACAAUUAAAUGGUGUUCAAGAUUUAAAUAAGAUUAAAAAUCUAUCACCGGAUUUACAAAUUGAAAUUGGUGGUACAACUUGUGAUUCAACUUUAAACACUUGGAGAUCAAAUCGUCAUCCAACUGAAGCUUGUAGAUUAGAUUAUGCACUUAUUGAUUCUUCCAAAUUGAAAACUCUUGAGGCAAAAGUUGAUUUUACAGAGCAAAUACCUGAAAUUGGUUCAUAUUCUGAUCAUUUUGCCUAUUCAUGUACAUUACAAAUUUCAUCAAAAAAUUCAUAUAAAUCAUUAACAAGAUCAAAUAGUAUUACAGUAAAUACAGUGGAAUAUUAUGAUGAAAUGUUGGAAUUAUUGAGAAAUUAUAAUAAAACUGCUAAAUGGCAAAAAUCAUGGAGAGGUUGGCAUUUUAUUUUAUCAAUAGUUUUAUUAAUUAUAAUUCAUAUUGUGGCACCUUUUACAUCCCAGAGAGCUUCAUGGUCCUCGGUAUUUUGGGUUUUCAGUGCUACAAUAAUUUCAAUAACUGGAUUAAUUGAUGGAUUAAUUUCUUAUCUUUUUGGAAGAUCUGAAAUAAGAGCUUUAGAAGAAGUUAAACAAGAAGUUUUAGAUGCUAAAAGAAGUUUACAAACAAUUGUUUAUAAUUAA